AUGGAUCGAAGAGAAUUAAAACAUAGACGAAUUGCCUUAUACAACUACGUCAAUGAUCUUUUUGACGAGGCUCAACGAGUUUGUUCAGGUGUUUAUAUUGAAAUUGUUGUCAACAAAGGUGAAGAACCCAUUCGAAAAUUCAUCAUCAAUCAAGGAACUGAUAAUAUCGAUUUGGAAGCGGGCUUGGAACACUUGAAUCAAUACGAUGAUCCAGCUUUGAGGAAACGAUUAAUUCAUGUUGAAAUGAUACAAGAUAAUUUUGAAAAUUUGAUGCGGAGAAGUUGUGAAACAUUUUGUCAUGUUAAACAGGAAUUCCCAGGUGAAGAUAUUAAUGUACAAGUUUUGAGGAAGAAACGGCCUGUCAGAUGGAUACCACGAUUGGAAAUUGAUGAAUCGGAUUCGGAGGAGGAUGAUGAAGAUUACGAAGAAGGUGAAGAGGAAGAAGAUGGAAAUUGGCAACAUGAUGGAAAUUAUGAGGAUGGUCAGUAUGGAAAUGAUGGUGAAUAUGGAAAUGAUGGUGAAUAUGGUAACGAUGGUGAAUAUGGAAAUGAUGGUGAAUAUGAAAAUGAUGGUGAAUACAGAAAUGAUGAUGAAGACAAUCAUGAAUAUGUCGAAAACGGAGAAGAGGAGGAAUACGACGAAGAAGGUUGGUCUGAUUUAGAUUCUGGUCUAGAAUCACAAUAUAAUUCAGAAUAUGAAUCUGAGAGUAAUUUUGGAGAUGAAGAAAACGAACAAACUGAUAAUGAAUCAGGGAUAAAUUAA